ACGCCCCUGCGGUGGAGGAGAAGCUGCCCAGCCCGGCCCCCUCUGAGGCCUCCCAGCAGGAGCCCCCCCCAGCUGCCUCCCCGGCCUCGCCCCCCGAGCCCCCCCCGCUACCCCCCGAGGGGCCCCCGGCCCAGGCCUCCCCCGAGCUGGAGGAGCCGGAGGACGCGCGGCCCCUGCACCUGGCCAAGAAGCAGGAGACGGCAGCCGUGUGCGGCGAGACGGACGAGGAGGAGGCCGAGAGCGGGGGGGAGGGGAUCUUCCGGGAACGCGACGAAUUCGUCAUCCGCGUGGAGGACAUCCAGGCCCUCAAGCUGGCGUUGCAGACGGGCCGGGAGCCGCCCCCCAUCUGGCGGGUGCAGAAAGCCCUGCUGCAGAAAUUCACCCCCGAGAUCAAGGACGGGCAGCGGCAGUUCUGUGCCACCAGCAACUACCUGGGCUAUUUCGGGGAUGCCAAGAACCGCUACCAGCGUCUCUACGUGAAGUUCCUGGAGAACAUCAACAAGAAGGAUUACGUACGCGUCUGCUCCAAGAAGCCCUGGCACCGGCCGCUGCAGGCCGUGAGGAGGCAAAACCAGCCCAAGACUUCAGGCCCUAAGGUCCCGGCCCCGCCCAAGGCCGAGAAGCAACCGGAGGCGUCGGAGCGGGCGGAGAUGCCGGAGAAGGGCCCCAAGCCGGAGAAGCCGGAGAAGGGCCCCAAGCCAGAGAAGGGCCCCAAGCCGGAGAAGGUGGAGCGGGCCCCCAAGCCGGACAAGCCCCCCAAGGCGGAGCGGGCCGAGAAGCCGCCCCGGGCGGACAAGCCGGCCAAGGCUGACAAGGCCCCCAAAGCGGAGAAGACGGAGCCCACGGCGCCCGCCCCCCCUAAGGCUGCUCCGGCCGGUGCCCCCAAGCCCAAACCCAAACCCGCCAAGGUGAAGGCGGAGCCGCCCCCGAAGAAGAGGAAAAAAUGGCUGAAGGAGGCUGCGUCCUCCUCGGACUCGGAGUCCAGCCCGGACCAGCAGAGCGAGGAGG